AUGACAUACCCGGACUCGAUGUUCAAUGUUCAAUCUGAUGUCCUUCUAUGCGGAGGGCCCGGGUGGAGAGUGGAACCCGAUAACUCCGGGCCUCAUCCGGAAAAUGCUUCUGGAACCUAAAAAUGUUCCGGCGUUCAUGACAAACCUCCAUAUGGAAUAUCUGGAGGAACCAUUCAAGCUGGUGGGCGGACAUAACACUCAUCAACCCGGCCUUGGGAACUUUGCUGAAAUGGUGGAUAGCCAAGCUCCAAAACAACUACACUCUGAUGUAUGUUUCGUGGGAACUCCAAUUUGUACUCGACCCGGUACCCGUUCUUCCAAGAGACAGAAAAGUCUUGUCAGAAGAAUGGCUGGUUCUAUAGUUGGUGGCCGGAACAAACAACGUCAAGUGGAUGCAUCUCGUCUCGAAGGCCCAACAACUUCGCCUAGAAGCGGCUUGGGGGAAACAGAAAGGGGGAACCCUGCAAAUGUUCGGGGCGAAGGUCAAGAAGAACACCUUGUCGGUGUACAACCACUAUCUGGGUCCAUACGUAGAACUAUAGACAGCAAUGCGUCCUAUGAGACCAAGAAAGAGAUGCUAGCAAUUCCAGAAAUGAAGCCGGGAAUGUCAAUUCUGCUGUGGAACGCUAGAGGACUAGCGCGUGAUGGCUUUAGAAGGAACAUUCACCAUCUGAUUCAGGACCAUUACCCGGAAAUAGUGAUCUUAACAGAGACAAAAGUUUCAAAAUCCAACUGUGAAGAUAUCAUUGACAACCUGCCUUUCAACUCCUUCGAGGUGGUGCACCCGGUGGGACUCUCAGGGGGAAUUCUCAUUUUGUGGAACUCCGGAGUGAACUUAGUCACCACGGUUUCCAAAGAGCCUCGUGCAACCCAUGCCGUGGUUCAGGUAAAUAACUCGACCACCUUCCUUCUUUCUUCCAUUUAUGGAUUAGAGCUUUGGAAUUCUUCAAAAAUUAUGUCAUCCUCUAUUUCUCUUCCUUGGCUUGUUUGUGGCGUUCGCUCAUGAAAAUGGGGAGGGAAUCCACACCCUCUUCAUAAAAUGAGAAGCUAUAAAGAGUGUAUGGAUUUCUGUAACUUGUCUGAUUUAGGUUAUAUAGGCCACAAAUUUACUUGGUUUAAUAAUAGGAAAAAAACUCCAAUCUUUGAAAGGCUUGACAGAUUACACCAGAAUGGUCAACCAUGUUCCCCACGUUAGUGGUCCAUAAUCUCCCUAGGCUUUCUUCUGACCAUAACCCUCUCCUUCUGAAAUUGACCCAAUCCACCCUCUUUCCGGGAAGCUUCCUGAUAAGCUUGCCUCCCUCUCUGUGAAACUCCAAACUUGGUCUAAAGUCUAAUACCAUUUUUAGAUCACUUGUUUCAAAAAAGAGAAAAUUUUUAGCUCGAAUUAAGGGUGCCGGCCCUCGAAAGGGAUCCUACAAAUGAAUUCCUUUUUGAUCUAGAUAGCCAGCUCAACAAUGAGCUACAGCAAUUACUAGACCAAGAGGAACUCUACUGGGCAACCAGAGCUAGAACAGAGUGGCUUGUUAAUGGGGAUAACAACACUAAAUUCUUCCAUACAACUGCUGUCAUAAGAGGAAAAACCAACAGGAUCCAUACUCUCAAAAAUGAAGUGGGAGAAUGGAUAGAAGACCCAUUUCAGCUUCAAAACCAUGUGUGUAAUCACUUCAAAAAUCUUUUCUGUUCUGACAACCCAAACCUUCCUUCCACUCCAAUUCAAUCUUGUGACAAUUUUGUCUGUUCUACGACCCCCACCCUCAUUGAGCUAAAAGAAGCUUUGUUCUCAAUUGGAUCCCUCAAAGCCCCGGGUGUGGAUGGUUUCCAUCAAUCGCACUGGGAUUUGAUCCACUCAGAUCUUUUGUCUUUUAUCUCAAACAUCUUCCAAACAAAAACAAUCCCCCCUACAUCAAUAGAACUCCAUAAGUUUAAUCCCAAAAAAUCAAAACCCUUCAAAAAUAAAUAGCUUCAGACCCAUUAGCCUUGUUAACACACUCUACAAAGUAGUCACCAAAAUCCUUGUGAACAGGAUUAGACCCUACCUCCCUUCCAUAAUAUCUCCUAACCAAAAUAGCUCUAUCAAAGGGAGAGGAGCUGAGCUGAAGUGAACUAUAUAGUUGCCAGUGAGGUUCUUCAUUCUAUGAGAAAGAAGAGAGGAAAAUUUGGGGUCUUUGCUCUCAAAGUUAGACCUUGAAAAGGCAUAUGAUAGACUUGAGUGGCCUUUUAUUGAACAUUGUUUAAAGCUGGUCAGUUUCUCCCAGGAUUCUGUUUCUCUUAUCAAAUCCUAUAUCACCUCCACCCACGCUCAAAUCCUUUUGAAUGGCAGCAGCUGGAGCUUCUCCAUGAAGUCACUAUCAAGUAUGAAGAGCGGGAAAAAAACAAGGUGGCUGACAUCCUUGCUAAGCAUGCUAGAGGAGAUCAGUUUUCAAUGUACCAAAUUUGUAAUUUAGAAACUCCUCCAAAUGUCUGUACUAAUGUUCUAGCAAAUGACUUAGCUUCUUUUGGACAACAAACUAAUAGCCAAGGCAGUAUUUUGGGAUCGCCUAGGGGCAUCCAACUUGGGUCUGUAAACUCUAUUAAUCUAGCUUAAUGUAUUCCCCCGUUUUCUUAAAAAAAAAAAAA